UCGCCGCCAUUUCGAUCCGGAAAAAUUAGGAGCCUGUUUGCCAGCUUUUUGUUUUGAUUUGCCACUUCAAAUUUCUCGUUAAAAUCCACCUCCAAGAAAAUCACCACCACAGGUACAAGAGCCGUUACAAAUUGUGGCUCCGCAUCCGGCUUGCCUUCGUUAACCAAACUUCUGUCGAUCAUUUAACCUUAUUAUUGUUAUUUGUUAGAAGAAACUGAUUCCACCGGGUUUUCCCAAAGGGCGUUGAAAUAAAAGAGGGAAAAUCGAAGAUUAGUAGAAAUGCCGGCCUACCAUUCGAACUUCAUGGAACCGCAGCAGGUCGUCGGCAAUACCGCGAUACUACCCUUCAGAACGCAGUGUCGCGGUCCCGCGCCCAUCCAGCAAUCGCAGGAGAUGGACAUUAUCGACGAGGCGCUCUACUACUUCAAGGCGAACGUCUUCUUCCGCACCUACGAGAUCAAAUCGGAAGCGGACCGUCUCCUCAUCUACAUCACCCUGUACGUGACCGAAUGUCUAAAGAAGCUGCAGAGGUGCCCCAGCAAGGGACAGGCGCAGAACGAGAUGUACACGCUGGCGAUCUCCCGCUUUGACAUUCCAGGCGACGCGGGUUUUCCGUUGAAUUCGGUGUACGGUAAACCGGCGACCCAGCAGGAUGCAGAUUUCCUACGCGGAUACCUGACCCAGUUGAGGCAAGAGGUUGGCAUUAGGGUUGCCGAAAAGGUUUACGGCGACGACGGCAAGCCGAGCAAGUGGUGGUUGUGCUUCGCGAAGAAGAAGUUCAUGGACAAGUCUCUGAGUGGGCCGGGCCAGUGAAAUUGUUUAAAAAUAUUUUAUUUCUAUGUGGAAUGAGUGUUGCGUAACAUUUAUGUAUGGCUGUUCUAUAAAUGUAACUUUUAAGUAAGAA